AUGUUUAACCGCGUAAAACAUGUGAUUUUGUUUGUAUCCGUCCUAUUAAUAAGUUUUAAAACAUGUACCAGUGAUCUCCAAAUACCCUCACUGACACUCUACAGUCCUGGGGCAGUGGAGUACAUAGAUGUACUUGUGAAGCGGGUGCACGAUAACCUUACAUUGGUUUGUGCCACUCGUGGAGAUAAUACUGCAAGAGCCUAUGUGUGGAACUAUGUUGGGAAUAAUACUGGGGCCAGCACCUUCACAGUAUCACCUUCUGGUCUGGCCAGCAGCAGUCAAUUGGAGAAAUAUGACCUUCAGCUGACAGACAGUGGUCACUACAUGUGCUCAUCGCCACCAUUUAGCAUCACUAAGUAUUUAUUAGUGCAGAAGAGAGGCUCCCAAUGCGCCCGCGGAGCUUUCUCUUGCGGCGCUCGUUGCGUGCUGCCUCGGUACGUGUGUGACGGGAAACCGGAUUGCGCACGCGGCGAAGACGAAGCGCUGGAUAUAUGCCCACCGCUGCCUUGUCAGAGAAAUGAUCGCCUGAACUGCUCAACUGGCAGGUGCAUACCGGAAGCGGCGUGUUGUCACACGGCGGAUGUCCUUUGUCAGCAGGACAGUUGCUGUUCAGAGCAUCCCAGAUAUGCACGGCUUGAUGAAGGCGACGAAGUACUCGAAUAUACUCGCUCUGAAGACAGACACACGACAGACGAUCUAACAUUCAUACAAUCCACUAUUUACACGGUCACAGCUUGCGCCCUAAUCUUCAUGAUAGCAGUGGUCCUGUUAGUAUCGGCACUGUGCAAGAUGCACAUGAAGAGAGCAGCUUUACGCGGUUAUGCGCACGCGCAUCGCGAUACGGCGCAUCACUACUCGGCCCGCUACCCUCCGCGGUACGAAUCUACGCGACUUUUAGAUCUACCCGCAUUGAGCCCUACGCGGCAGCAGACACAGGGUGAACCCGAAAGCGCGACUUCUACGCCCAUGUGCGAAGUCACGAAUCCAGUCAAUUCCGGCUUCGCUCUUUCGCGGCUCGGCUCCAUGUUUUGUACGAGAUAUUCUCAGGUCCCGACUCAAGGCGACGUCGAAAUGACCGACGUGAGAUCCUCUUCACUCAACAACUCGCCGACGCGGAACCCGCCCUCGGACUAUCGCUCCCCGAUUCCCAGUUCCGAAUUAUAUUACACGAACCCGGAUCUCAGAAACUUAGGCCGAGACCUCAAUUACAUGGCGACGCCCAUAGAAUUCUUCAGACGACGUAAUCUACGUCGGAACACCUUAGACAGGGUCAUAGACCAGCUGACUCACGCCCCUAGGCCGCUGACGCUGCAGCUGGGAAGGUUUCAGCUCAGCAUACCGAGGUUCAACCGUCGCGAGCCCCGCCCGGACACGCCGGACAUCGCCGAAAUCGAUAUAGAUAAUCUAGAUUUCGUGCGUCUCAACUCGAACGACACGUACACUUUGAACGGCAGGACCAUUCGCUUGUUGGGGGCGGACUUUGAGAACUACCCGCAUCUGGAUGGGAAUCGACCCCCUCCGUACAACGAGGCGAUGAGAUACAAAAUAUAUGGACCUCCCCCGGAAUAUCUAAGUCGAGAGGGUAUCAAUAGGGAAAACGAGGCCACGAAUAACAUUGAAAUGCCGCCGUGCUACGACGACGUGGGUCAAAACGGUAAUAACGGUAAUCCCGGUCGCAUUACCGGUACUUCAACAAGUAAUUUUGCGUUUUGUAACGGUAAUAAUACAAACGGUAAUGAAUUAACCGCCGGUAACGUCCCGAGUACCGAAAACGAUUCAAACGGUAAUGUUACGAAUUCCCAAAUAGAAAAUGUAAAUAAUAAUAUUCCAGAAACGAUAAGUUCUGUUAUAGACAAUUUGCCAGCCAUAGACAGUGAUUUUAAUGCUAACGAUAACGUGUACAACGAGACCGUUGUUGCCGAAUGA